GAGGGUGCUGUGGAAGUGGGAGGAGGACAUGGACGACCUGCCACCCAACGUCAAAGUCUCAAAGUGGCUGCCUCAGCAGUCUGUACUAGCACAUCCCAAUGUGCGCGUGUUCAUCACUCAGGGAGGCCUGCAGAGCUUUAACGAGGCAGCCUAUUACGGAGUUCCUCUGCUGGGGAUUCCUUUUUUCGGCGACCAGCACCACAACGUGGCGAAAAUGGUCGACGCCGGCAUCGGCAUUGAGCUCAAAUUCUGGGACGUCACGAGAGACUCGAUUUCGGACGCCAUUCGAAGGCUUACGGAGGAUAAAAGGUUCAACGAAAACAUGAAGCAGUUCUCAGCCGUCUACCGUGAGCAUAAGGAAGAGAGCCUUCCUAAAGCCAUGUGGUGGAUCGAGUAUGUACUUCGACAUAACGGGGCUCCACAUCUGCGCAGUGCCGCAAGAGACCUGACCUGGUACCAAUACCUGCUGCUAGAUGUCAUUGCCUUUGCGCUGGCUGUUGUAGUCUGCUUUUGUAUAUCUCUCUAUUGUAUAGUUAGGUUUCUGAUAUCCAAACUACUUCAAUUUAAGAAACUGAAAACCAGUUGAGAACCUAAUCUUCUGUUAUACAGAAGUAUCUUUGCAUGUUAAUUUAUUGAGAAACUGUGUGUCUGGAAUGGAAUGGUGAAAGAGAUUCAUGCACACUGAUUCGUAAAGUCUUUGUCAAGACUGUGUAAUUUGAACUGCAAGGAUAUAACUUUUAAAUCUCAUUUACUUGACGUCACAGGUGGGGAAAAACUGUGAGUGUAUAAAUUCACUGUGUUUGAUGUAAUUUAAACUGCAUGCCAAAUUAAUUUUCUCUCUUGUUUCCGCAGAUAUUUGCAAUUUUGUUUGUGAAGUGUGUGGGUGGAGUCAGAUCAAAUAAACACUGUUCAUCAUGUCUCUUAUGCGACGCCCAGCGUCGUUUUGUUUCCCGUUACAAACAGAUUUCUAUAGAUCAAUUUUGCGUGACCAUUCCAUAGAGCGUUCCUAAAUUAGUCUAGUGCGAUAUUAGUUUUAUUGAUACAUAUAAAAAAGAUGCUUCUUAACACGAAGAAUCACCAGUAUCUCAGGCAGUGACUCGCAUGACGCCCUCGCCCACACUGACUGCUUACCAUUAUGCAGCAGCACUGCUCAGCCGCUGCCUACAGUACUGGUGAUUCUUCGUGUUAACCAGUAUCCUUUUAAUAAGAAUCAGUAAAACUAAUAUCACACUAGGCUAAUUUAGGGCAGCUCUAUCAAAUGGGCACACAAAAUUCAUCUAUAGAAAUCAGUUUGUUUGUAACGGGAAACAAAACGACGCUGGGCGGCCCAUAAAAGCUGACCCCCAGCUAUAGUUUUCAAAAACGAAAUGGCAGAUAUUUG